UCAUUAGUUAUCUCAUCCCCUUCUCAUAUAUAUAUCUCCACCACCUCUGUUCCUCACUGAACCACUGCUGUAGUCUCUGUUUUUUUUUUUUUCUCUCUUUAUCUCUUGAAAGCCAUGGAAAAUAGUAGCUCUGCUUCUGAUCUGAAAUCAGAUGCUUUGAAGGUUGGAAAUGGCAGUGAAUUUAAAGUGCAUGUCUUCUCAUCAUCAUCUGAGUUGAUUGAAAAGCUGCACGAGAAGUGGAGUUCAGUGAAAAAGCAACCAUAUCCGGCAAUGUAUUCCAGCAUAUUUGGUGGGAUUAUUCUUGAUCCAGCCAUGAUGGUAAUUCCAAUAGAUGAUCACAUGGUUCAUCGGGGCCAUGGUGUAUUUGACACAGCUGUUAUAGUAGACGGAUACCUUUAUGAGCUGGAUGUUCACUUGGACCGUUUCCUCAGAUCAGCUUCAAAAGCAAAGAUCUCCUCUCCAUUCCCUCGCUCAGCUCUUCGAAGCGUUCUUGUUCAGCUGAGUGCAGCAUCUCAGUGCAAGAAAGGAUCUCUGAGAUACUGGUUAAGUACGGGCCCUGGGGAUUUCUUGCUCUCACCUACGGCAUGCCCAACAUCAGCAUUCUAUGCUGUAGUCAUAGAUGACAACUUCUCUCAGUGCAAAGAAGGGGUUAAAGUGAUAACAUCCACUGUCCCCAUGAAGCCGCCUCAAUUUGCAACAAUGAAGAAUGUAAACUACCUUCCAAAUGUGCUUGCAAAGAUGGAAGCUGAGGAGAAGGGAGCAUCUGCUUCCAUUUGGGUUGAUGAGGAAGGUUAUAUUGCUGAAGGUCCAAAUAUGAAUGUUGCUUUUAUAAACCAUGAUAAGGAGCUUCUUUUGCCUUUCUUUGAUAAGAUCCUCACUGGGUGCACUGUGAAAAGGCUCAUAGAACUUGUCCCCAAGUUGGUUGAUCAAGGGCGUCUAAAAGGCAUGAGAACUGCAAAUUUAACAGUGGAGGAAGCCAAAGGUGCUGCUGAAAUGAUGUUUGUUGGAAGCUCACGGCCUAUAUUGCCAAUCAUCAUGUGGGAUGAACAACCCAUUGGAGACGGGAAGGUGGGGGAAUUGACAAUGGAGUUCUCGAAUCUGCUUUGGGAAGAUAUGGUAGCAGGCCCUGAAACGCAGAGGAUACCUGUUCCCUACGUGUAGAUCACAAACCCAAGAAGAUCGAUCAAAUUCGGUGGCUGAAAGAGUGGUUUCAUCUUGCUUUAAGAUGCUUCAUUAUUCUUGUUGUUGCUUGUUUGCAAAGGCCUGAUCAUCAUUGUCUUUGCCUGUUUUUUGUUCUGUUUUUUGAACUUGUAUGAAGAAGUGAAACAGUACUGAAUAAAACGAUUUAGAGCUUUCUCAAA